ACGACACUGUCCCGUCCCGCGAUAUAUAGACUUAAAAUCACGGAUUUCUAAGUGAUUUCACGUUUAUACGGUUCUUAACUGGAAGGGGAAUAAAGUUUAAAUUCCAAGAUGGAUCUCCUCAAACGAGACGUCUCAAAGUUGAGAGAAAGAUAUAAGAUUCUUCAACAGCAGCAGUUUACAUUUGUCUCAGCAUUAGAGCAUUCAAGGAGUGAUGCAUUCGAACGAACUAAACCAGUACGGACAAUAACUCAGAUUAAACAAAUGAACGACAGGAGUAGGAAUGCAACGGACAAACGAGCAAUGCGCCAGUGGCUUGACCUCCUGAACGACCUCAGUAACCUUCUACGGAGUGUAGAGAACGCUGUCGGAUCACAUGCCAAGGAAGGUGCCAUAGGGAGGGCGCUGGAUCGAUGGAAGGUCCUACUGAGUCCAAAUCAUGAUUUCUCCGAUUUGAAAGCCAAGUACCCACACCAAGAGGUGAACCAUCUAAGCUGUGCUGAAGCUCGCGUGCUAUUCGGCGGCGCAGUUAGUCUGGUACCCCUCGUCUUUGACCAAGCUCAUCGGGUACAAAGUGAGCUCUCUAAAUUAUCUAAAAUACCAUCAGGGGCAACCGGUGUAGGCGGGGAACCAUUGAAGGAAACGUAUCCACCUAGACGAUCUGUACAGAGCGCUAAGCAUCAUCGGUCACACACUGACGGUGAGGUACCACUCCGAGCCAAGACUGCAGUUGGUUCCCGAGACCAAGGAGUUGACACCAAAGACCUCUCAAAGCGUAUGCUCAGGCUCUCCUUCGGAAAAAUGCCUAAGAAUACCGACGAACCCGUCCUGUUUUAUCGUCGCACAUUGAACGGCCGAUCAGAUAAAUUAUACCAUAAUGGCGAGAUAACACUUGACCGAGCCCCAUGGCGGGGUGCUUCAUACGAUAAAAUUAACCACAAAGAACACCGACAUUUUACUAAUUUAGAGGGAAAGCUUUACUGAUGAGUGUUUCAUGAGUUGAGAAUUGAAGUUAGAUGAAGAGUUUGUUGUGGGUCGCGUACGGAGAACUGGAUCAGAUAACCAUUCAAUAAGUUAUGAGAAAGAUUAUGGCGUACAGCUCUCUUAUGACAUUCACUAUCCACUCGAAUUUGAUAUUUUUCAUAUGAACAUGCCAUAUCGAAUUAAAUUGAUGUAUUUAUUUAUUUUCCUACCUUCUUUCACGCCCAACAUGUUGGAUAGGGUGGUCAGUUGCUCUUUGUGUAUUCAAGUUUUUGUCCAUUUUAGAUUCCAAAAUUUGUUUGUAUAUUGUAAUGCUCAUAUUGCAUUGUGAAAGUUGCCCUCAACUUUACUGAAAUAGUAUCUUGCAUUUUCUAAUCACACAUUGCGUACAUAAAGCGUUGCUAAACUUAAAGAAAGCAAAUCAAUUUAUGGGCUCAAGUCGACCUUCCUUUAAAAGCUUGACCUGAGUUGUUUGAUCAAUUUUUCCUGCUCAUUGUUUCAGUUCUUUCCGAGUGAGCUCUUAAUUUAAAUACUUUCUCAUCCUGAAAUUCCAUUAACUUUUAAGACAUUUUGAGUUAGAUUUUCAAUCAGCCACUAACAAAAAGCUGAAAUAUCUUGUUGUAAUCUUGUGCCUUGCCUUAAAUCUAUCUAUAUUUUGUACUUUUUAUUUCCUGACGCCAUAUUGAACAAUAUUUUCUAGAGAAUGCUGAAAUAUUAGCUAGUACUGCUAGAUCAAAGAUACUAAUCAGUGGACUGUCUCUAAUGGGAUAAAUAGGAGCUUUAGAUUCGGGAGUAUGCACAAGCUCAAAUAAACUUUCCCUGCUAACCCGUGAAAUACCCUUGAAACAUAAGCGUACAUCUCUGCCUGGUAAGCAGAGCCAUGAAAUUUUUGAACCAGAAAAUGUCUCUCAACUUCUGUGUUUAAAAAAAGGGUUUGAAAAAAAGAUUUGACAAAAAGAGAGUAGUUUUUCAAUGUGUCAAAAAAAUGAAGGUUUGAACUUUUACCUGUGGUUUAAAACAAAAACACACACACACACGGCUCACUUGCAAAGUUUGAAGUUGAAUUUGCACAAAUUUGUUUUCCGUUUUGGUUGCAAGUCGAGAAAUUUUAGUCCUAAACUAACACAUAAUUUUUUAUUUUUUUUGAAGUGCUGGUUUGAACAAAACAAAACAUACAAUAAAAGAUGAGUAAAAUCUGGCGAGUGAUGGCUAGAAAACAAAAAUCUAGAAAACAGUUUAAAUAAUCAACAGAGCGGGUUAGGUGACGGCCGAUUGUAUUAUCAAAUUAUUCUGUGUGUAACUAACUAGUCUGUAAUAUAAACACAAAAUGUGUGAAUCUAGUGUAAAAAUGUACUCAGUGUAAAAAUAAA